UAAAGACGCAGGUUCUUGCUUCGGUGGACUCAUCCAGCCGCUACCCAUCCAUCCGGUCGUCAUCAUAUCAAUCAGUGAAGUCACAGUCGACAGCAGAUUAUGUUGUCGUUCUAAGACUUUGACAUUUGCGGAGCUAGACAUAGCCUUACGAGUGACAUCAGAGUCCACACUUUUCAUCAUGUCGAUCGGAUUCUUAGGUGCCGGGAAGGUGGCGCAGACCAUCGUCAGGGGCUUCUUACUGGCCGAUAUCAUUCCAGCCGCUCAAAUGACGGCGAGCGCUCCCACGUCAAGGAAUCUCAAGGUCAUCAAAGAGAUGGGAGUCAACUGUACCAAUAGCAACAAAGAGAUAGUAACUAAGAAUCAGACGAUAUUUAUAGCCGUUAAGCCCAACAUGGUCUCCAAUGUGCUGAAAGAAAUCUCACCGGCCGUCACCCACAAUCACAUGUUGGUGUCACUCGCUGCGGGAAUAUCGGUUGAGUUUAUUGAGAGUAGACUUCCGGUAGGUGCCCGCGUGAUCCGGGCCAUGCCCAACACCCCGUGCGGAAUCGGUGAAGGAGCAACCAUGUUCACAUGCGGAAGUGCCGUCAAGGAAGAGGACAAGAUAUUAACAGAGAAAUACUUCCGCAGUUUAGGUUACUGUAUGGAAGGGGAUGAGACGAUGAUUGAUGCGGUGAUGGCUGUUAGUGGCAGCGGACCUGCAUACGCAUACAUAGCCAUAGAUGCUUUAGCCGAUGGAGGGGUUAAGAUGGGUCUACCCAGAGAAAUUGCCAUCAAGUUGGCAGCACAGACUUUACUGGGGUCAGCAAAGCUAGUCUUACAAGGAGACAAACAUCCGUCCGAGCUCAAGGAUGACGUCUGUUCCCCCGGAGGAACAACCAUUGAUGCCAUCCACCAACUUGAGAAAGGAGGGUUCCGCAAGUGUCUCAUAGAAGCUGUGGAAGCAGCGUGCCUUAAAGCCAAAGAGCUGAACACAAUCAAUAUGCAGCAGAGGAAAUAACUUGAACAAUUUCACUCAUUUUCAUUCAUUAGGCCUACCUAAAAGAGAAUGUACAGUCUACAAUCCCGGUCAUAUCUCGUUGGGCCCCCGCACCACGGCCCCCAUGCCUCCUUACGCGGUCUCAGCGCUCCCAUCAUCAUUGAGCGUGGGGGGCAGAGGAACAAAAUUAUUUUUUUACAGGGAAAUUGGACAGGUACUGGUUAUUGUAACCUUGUGAAUGGGUGGCCCAAGCAUUUUAGCUGGGAUUGUACACAUAGCUCAGUUCGGAUACCUCGACCCAGCACAGUGUAGGAUAAUACAAAGUAAGUAAGGUUUGCCGUGACACUAUGUAAACAUCUCUUUGUGAGCAGUUACUAGUGGUGACGCUGAGAAGAGCAGAUUUGUACUGCUCAAUGUUUCGAUCAGUGUGCUCUGACCGUCUAUUCGAGAAUAAAUGUAUUCACAACUUUUAAAAGCCGUAAAAUUGGGUUGCUUGGGAAAUAUUUGACCUAUUUUUCCCUAAUAUUCUGGGGUCUAUUUUGGAAUUGAAAU